UUUUAAAAGCGUUGCAAUAAUGUUAUAUUCAUCAGUAGCUCAGCUUAGUUCCAAGCCUCAAGAUGAUAGAGUCUUUCUGUAUAUUCAUGUUGUUGCUCAUUGCUAAGGCAAGUGCCGAUUGUCAGCUGAAUGCAGAGGAGAUCUCAAAGACCAAUCGCAUUUUUGCGUAUCGAUCCGGAUCUCAACUAUUUCCACUUCGUGUGGAUGCGGUGGCAACUCAUCAGACAUUGGACAUGAUAUGCGAUAGUCAGAAUGUGGUGCAAACCACCUGUCAAGCGGAGGGAAACUUUGAGCCAGCUCUGGAUGCAUUGGGUGACUGUAGCAAACCAAUCAAGGCAACUGUUGAGGAAAUUAACGACAAUACUUGUUCCUAUACCAUGUAUCGAGUGGGGUAUAAGAUGAGCAACGCAGAUUUUUUGGAAUUAUACAGAAGUUGCUAUGAUACCAACCAUCAAGCAGCGCACUUUGUCAUUCAUCAGACAUAUCCCAACAAUGUGGGCAACCGUCCAGAUCAAGCCUUCACCACAGACGGCGUUAUAAGCGGUGCCGCCGGAGCCUCGUUUCAGGCCAAGAAUAUUUAUAAGCGGUUCGAGGAACUUUUAGGCCCAAAACAAAGUUACAUAACCUCUGAGCGUGAUCUCGUCUUUGAUCGUGGUCAUUUGGCGCCCUCAGCCGAUUUUGGAUUUGAGCAAGAAAUGCGAGCGACUUUCAAGUACAUCAAUGCUGUUCCACAAUUUGCUGGGAUUAAUCGCGGCAAUUGGAAAACACUGGAGACCUGGGUUCGCAAUGAACUUUCAAAUGGUGAUUUUGCUGUAUUACAAAUUUGCACGGGAGCAUUCGACGUAUUGCAGCUGGCGGAUACAAGCGGUCAACUGAAGGCAGUUUAUCUGUUUGGCACCAACGGUAAUCCCGUACCCAAAUGGAUGUACAAAACUGUUAGCGAUGGUGCCGGGUCGAGUUAUGCUUUUUUAACCUAUCACAAUAUAUAUGAAGAAGAGAAACCAACUCCAAUAUGCCAAGAGAUUUCAUGCCCAAGUUCACUGUCAUUCAAUCCAGCCAAAGAGUCGGGAUUUAGUUUCUGUUGUGAUUAUAACGAUUUUAUUGAAAGGAAUAUUCCCCACUUGAUAGACGUCUGCUAAACCUGCUAAGAACCUUUACUGUCAAUUCAAUUGUCAAAAAACAACGUUUUUAAAUUUUAUUAAAUUGAAAAUUAUUUUGCAUAAAA